AUGUCAAUGACUGGUGCAAGUAUGUUCUGGCUAGAUGCUCUACGUGACUGUAAACUCGAUCAACCUUUGUUAUUACCGUAUGAUCGAUAUCGUCUCUCGAAUGAACAUCGAACUAGUCAUACAACGUCUCUUUCUUUUGAUUUUGGUCACGAUCUCUCACAUCACUUUCUUACUCAUGCAUCAUCAAAUAACAUAUCACUUGAACAACUUACAUUUGCUAUUUAUUUCAUCUUUCUAUUUAAAUUAACUAAUGGACAAACAGAUUUAUGUCUGACUACGAACAUCAAAAAUAAUAGAUAUAGAGAUGAACUCAAAUCAAUUAUUGGACUGUUUGAGAAUAUCAUUCCAUUACGAUGUCAAUUAGCUCCUCAAUGGUGUUUUCAUCAUUUACUCGAACAUGCUCAAGAGAUAACAACAAAUAGUAUGAAAUAUUCAUAUUUUCCACUUCAACGUAUUCUCGAUCAACAUCCACAUAUUUCAAAACAUGCAUUUUUGGCUACAUUUGUGGAAUUUAUAUCAUACAAGAGUGACAGUGACAACAAUGCAAUUAUGAUUGGUGAUUCUCAACUUGUUCCAGCAUCUUUAUCAUUUAAUAAUAAUGAAGAUGAGAUGCUAAGUGUAUCGGACUUCUCUCUUUCUCUUUAUCAUGAUUUGAAUAUGAAUCAACUAUCAUACACAAUCAAUGCAUCACUUGAUUUGUUCAACAUAGAGACAGCGGAGAAGAUUUCACAACGGUUUCAUCUCUUCUUAAAUCAACUGUCUGCACCUAUUAUCGAUAGUCAAAUAAACAAACCUGUCUACGAAUUAUCAUUAACAUUAUCAAAUGAACAAUAUCUUAUGCAAUCAUUGAAUAAUACACAAAUAUCAUUUCCAUCUUCUCUCACUUGUAUUCAUCAUGAGUUUGUAUAUCAAGUAAUGAAACAUCCACAAAAACUAGCUGUUGAACUAGAUGAACAAUCAUUGACAUAUUGUGAACUUCUAUAUUGUGUUCAAAUAUUAUCUUUAACUCUCCUUAAUGAAUAUCUUAUCACUCCAGGUGAGAUAAUUUGUCAAUGUGGUGAACGAAGUUUGUCAAUGGUGAUUGGUAUAAUGGCGAUUGAAAUGAGUGGUGGUUUCUAUUGUCCGUUGUCAUCUCGAGAUUCAAAAUAUCAUGUACAUGCUCUUAUACAACGAACUGAAAGUCGUCUUGUUCUUGUUCAUUGGUUGACAAAAUCCAAGGUUAAUAAUAAAAUUGUUUCAACUGACAUUGAUUCAAUAUGGAUUGAUAAUAAUAUAAUCAGUGGCGUUAACGUUGAUCGACUAUCGAGAGUCACAGUCACGUCAAAUAAUACUGCUUAUAUCAUUUUCACAAGUGGCUCAACAGGAGUACAAAAAUCGAUUAAAGUACAACACAUAACUUUUGCAGGAUGUAUAUACUCUUUGGUUGACAGCAAUACAUUUAAUAAAAAUGAUACUGUUGUUCAGAUGGCACGAUGCUCAUUUGACAUUCAUCUUCAAGAAAUACUUGGUAGUUUGAUGAUUGGAGUUACAGUGGCUCUGCUUCAUCCAAAAGGAAAAGUUGAUUUUGGUUAUCUCUCUCGCACUUUACACACUACAGAAGUUACAUACAUGCAGAGUGUUCCAAGUUUGCUUCAGAGCUUUUUUAUUUUUCUCGAACAGUAUGAUAAGGCAAACGCUAUUAAACACCUUCGAUCAAUUUGCUGUGCCGGUGAACCAUUUUCUGUUAAAUUUAGGAUUUUAAUCGUAAACAUUGGUAUACCACACUGUGCUGUAUGGAAUCUUUAUGGUUCUACUGAAAUAACUCUCGUCCCUACAUAUCAUCUUGUUGAUAUUAAGUCCAACAGUGCAAGCAUUUCAGUUGGAAGAAAAGAUCAUCAAAUCAAAUUACAUGGACAAAGAAUUGAACUUGGUGAAAUCGAACGAUGUUUACUUAACAUAACAUCUAUAUCUGUUUGUGUUGUUAUGAAAUGGAAAGAUGAUUACUUAGUUGCUUAUGUUCAAUCUUCUCAUGUGAAUGAAGAACAACUACGUCAACAUUGUCAAUCUCAUCUUCCACUACAUAUGAUACCAUCAAUAUUUAUUAUUCGGGAUAAACUACCUUUGAAUCCAAAUGAAAAAAUAGAUCGAAAACAACUUCCUUCACCCCAGUUUUCCUUAUCAACUUUGUUAUCGUCCGAUAAAUCUAAUACUCCUCUUAAUCAGUUCGAAGAACGUAUACUCACUAUUUGGUGUUAA